AUGGAAGCAGCAGAUGAGGAGAGGCCACUGCUGAACCGCCAUCGCCGGCCUGCACAGACACAGGACGAAAGCUCAAGUUAUACAAGUGAUGGAACGGUUGAUAUCUACAGACAGCCUGCUCUCAAGCAGAGCACUGGCAACUGGAGAGCAUGCUUCUUCAUUCUAGGCGCCGAAUUCAGCGAAUGCAUGUGCUUCUUCGCCGUCGCCAAGAACUUGGUCACCUACCUUACGACGGUGCUCCAUGAGAGCAACGUCGACGCUGCGAGGAACGUGUCGACUUGGAUCGGCAGCUGCUUCCUCACGCCGGUCAUCGGAGCCUUCUUGGCCGACUCUUACUGGGGAAGAUACACCACAAUUGCAGUUUUCCUGUCGGUUUACAUCGUUGGGAUGCUCAUCGUGACAUCAUCGGCGGCGCUUCCGUUUCUCCUUCCUCGUUCCUCCGACGAGAGUGGUGGUGUCCAUCCUGCCGCCGUAUACCUGGGGCUCUACCUUGUCGCCCUCGGCACAGGUGGAAUCAAGCCCUGUGCCGCGGCCUUGGGCGCCGAUCAGUUCGACGGCGCCGACCCAAUGGAGCGGGUGGCCAAGGGCUCCUUCUUCAACUGGUACUACUUCUCGAUCAACAUUGGCUCGCUGCUGGCGGCGACAUUGCUCGUAUGGGUGCAGGACAACAUUGGAUGGACCGUCGGGUUCGGGAUCCCGACUGUCCUCAUAGGAUUCGGCCUAGCCGUGUUCGUCGCCGGGGGGAGGAUUUACAGGUACACGCCACUAGGACGGGGAGGUAGCCCAUUGGCGAGGGUCUUCCAGGUGGUUGUGGCAGCCACGAGGAAUUGUCGUCUCGAGCUGCCCGAUGAUUCCUCGGCCCUGCACGAAAAUGACAGAGCUGAGCGUACCGGUCAAUUCACGUUCUUUGACAAGGCUGCGAUCGUGCUGCCGUCGUCGGAGAAGAAGGGCCCGUGGCGGCUCUGCACGGUGUCGCAGGUGGAGGAGCUGAAGACGCUGCUGCGGAUGUCCCCCGUCUGGGCGUCGCUGCUCAUCUUCUUUGCGGUCACCGCACAGAUGUCGUCCACGCUUAUCGAGCAGGGCAUGGCAAUGGACAAGCGCGUCGGCGCCUUUGUUGUGCCGCCUGCGUCCCUGUCUACCUUCGACGUCAUCAGCGUCCUCGUCUGGGUUCCUAUUUAUGACGCCGUCCUGGUGCCGCUCGCCCGGCGUGUCACCGGCGAGGACAGGGGCUUCACGCAGCUCCAGCGCAUUGGCGUCGGCCUAGCACUCUCCGCGGCCGGUAUGGCUUACGCUGCGUUGAUUGAGACGAGGCGGCUGGCGGCGCCGGCGACCUCGAUGAGCAUCAUGUGGCAGGCGCCGUGCUACUUCGUGCUGGGCGCGGCCGAGGUGUUCGCCAGCAUCGGCAUGCUCGAGUUCUUCUACGACCAGUCCCCGGGGUCCAUGAAGAGCCUCGGCGCGGCGCUCGCGCUGCUCGCCAUCGCUGGCGGUAACUACCUCAACUCUGUCCUACUCGGCGCUGUCGCGUCGACCACCGGGUGGAUCGCGGACAAUCUCGACCAAGGCCACCUUGACUACUUCUUCUGGUUCAUGGCCGCUCUCAGCGUGCUCAACCUGUUGCAGUUCGUCUACUGCUCGACCAGAUACAAAAGCAUAGAUCAGCAUUAG